UUGUUGGUUGCUCAACUAGCUCAGACAAAAGCAAAAAUGACUUCUAGUUGGGAAGAGCUUGCUGCAGACAAACGAACUCGUAUCGCCAGCACCAUACCUUCGGAAUGGUUGAUUCGAGACCUUCCAAGCGAUGACAAUGUCUUCGCGUUUCCGAAAGCAUCAGGGCUUCUUUCUGCACGAGAAAUCGAGCUGACCGAGUCUUCGGCCACUGAUCUCGUUGCACAAAUGGCUGAAGGGAAGCUCAAGUCCGUGGAUGUCACACUUGCCUUCUGUAAAAGAGCUGCCCUAGCACAGCAGCUAACGAAUUGUGUACACGAGUUCUUCCCCGAGGAGGCUCUCGCACAGGCUCGAGAUCUAGACAAGUAUUACGCCGAGCACAACACGACUGUUGGACCUUUACAUGGUCUCCCGAUCUCUUUGAAAGACCAACUGCGAGUGAAGGGAAAAGAAACAUCCAUGGGCUACGUUUCCUGGCUGGGAAAGUAUGAUGAAAAAGACUCCGUUCUUACAGAACUUCUUCGUAAGGCAGGUGCUGUCUUUUAUGUCAAAACAAGUGUCCCUCAAACCUUGAUGGUCUGUGAGACUGUCAACAACAUCAUUGGAAGGACCACAAAUCCGCGCAACAAGAACUGGUCGUGCGGAGGAAGCUCGGGAGGAGAAGGAGCUAUGAUCGGCCUCCGUGGAGGAAUCAUCGGUGUUGGAACUGAUAUUGGCGGCUCUAUUAGAAUCCCAUCCGCCUUCAACUUUCUAUACGGCAUCCGUCCUAGUCAUGGUCGAAUGCCAUACGCAAACAUGGCGAACAGCAUGGAAGGUCAAGAGACCAUCCACAGUGUCGUCGGACCUAUUGCUCACUCUGCGUCUGACUUGAGAUUAUUCCUCACAUCGGUGCUCCGCGAAGAGCCCUGGAAUUACGACUCCAAAGUCAUCCCAUUGCCUUGGAGGUACAACCUAGAAGAUGCUCUGAAGGCAAAACUCAAUUCAUCCGGCCUGACCAUCGGUUACUACACAUGCGACGGCAACGUUCUGCCACAUCCUCCUGUCCUACGUGGAAUCGAACGCGUAAUGGACGUCUUGGAAAGAAGUCAGCACAAGGUUCUACCCUGGACUCCAUACAAACAUGAUUUUGCUGUCGAUCUUGCUAACAAGAUCUAUGGAGCAGAUGGCUCUACGGACGUAAUGAAGGACAUCAACGCUUCGGGAGAGCCAGGAAUUCCAAACAUCAAAGAACUCCUCAACCCAGAUAUGCGAAAGGCUGACUUGAACGAUGUGUGGGAUAUCCAUUUACAGAAGUGGAAUUACCAGAUGCAGUAUCUGUCCAGAUGGCGAGAGGUUGAGGCCGAGCAUGGCUGCGAACUUGACUGCAUCGUUGCUCCCAUCAGUCCAACCGCUGCUAUCCGACACAACCAGUUCAAGUACUAUGGCUACGCGUCUGCCAUCAACUUACUCGACUUUACGAGCGUCGUUGUCCCGGUCACUUUUGCAGAUAGCAAAAUCGAUGCCAAGCGUGCAGACUAUGAGCCUCUGAACGACAUGGAUGCAGCUGUCCAGGCAGAAUACGACCCCGAAGCAUACCACGGUGCUCCCGUUGCUAUUCAAGUCAUCGGAAAGAGGCUCAGCGAGGAGAAGACAUUGGCGAUUGCUGAGGAAAUAGGAAGCAAGGACUAUGGCAGCUUCGCACCGUUUGCCGUCAAGGCGGGCUUGCAGCCCUUCAUUGUUCUUCGAGAUCCAGAGCAGAUGAAGCAGGCUAUCCAGGCGUAUGAGAAGCGAAAUCCAGUCAUCACCGGGAAGAGUAUGUACGAGAUCAUUCUGGGUUCUCCUCAAGCUGUAGCAAAUCUAUACACCAAUGCGGCCGUCGAUCAAGGAGCCAUCGAGCGUGCGCGCAUAGCAUCAACGCAAAAGUACCUAGAAGGAGAGUCCUUGAGAACUUUGACCGACCUCUACGCUGCAACUCUUUCGCACAAUCUGAAUAACAAGAUGUUUCAAGUCGGCAGCUGGACACAAAUAGAAGACAGCUGGUCGUUUUUCCAGCAAGUCCUCACAAGGUGUUCUAUGGAGAUCCUCUUCGGUUCAGCAAUCUUCAAACAAUAUUCUGGACUCAUCAAGGACUACUGGAAAUUUGAAGAUGCCAUUGAGGGCUUCGUGCCGGGGAUGCCAUGGUUCACAAAUUCAACGGCAUAUAGGGAGCCACGUGAUCGACUAUACAAAGGCGUCGAGAAGUGGUUGAAAGCUAACCAUAGCGGCACAGAAUUUGCAAAGAUCGGUAGUGACGACAUGGAUUGGGAUGAACAUAAGGGAUCCAAAUUCAUUCAAGAACGCGAUGACUUACUUGCGAAAGCCCCGUUACCUCUUGAAGCUAGGACAGCGGAGAUGUUGGACAUCAUGCACUGCUCGAAUGUUGAUCUGAUUCCUUCAGCUGUGUGGUCAAUAAUAGAAGUUUUACGCAAACCGUAUCUGGCGGAACGCAUUAUUACUAUCGUCUCUGAGCGACAAUCGUCGAAGGCGACCACAUAUGACGUCAAUGGGGUUGCAGCCUUGCCCCUCGUUCAAUCGUUACAGGCGGAAAUAAGCCGCCUCCGUAUCGCACAAUACAUGACAUGUGCCAACGAGUUCGCCGAAGUUUCCAUCGGUAGCCAAUGGAAACUACCCAAGGCAUGCAACACAAUUUCCUUCUCGCAUGAUAUCGCACUGGAUACCAAGGCCUGGGCAAAUGCACGGCCACGCACUGUUGAGAAACCGUUAGAUGAGUUUUGGCCUGAACGCUUCUUGAUCCCCGAUGACAAUGGACCCAAAGUGCGAGGCCAACGGAAGAGCGGAACCCGUGUCGAGAAUGGAAGGUUCGAUGCGCAGAACCUCGAGCUGCUGGCCCCUAUCUUUUACGACCGACAAAGCUUUGGAAUUGCUAGCGACUAUAGCAGAGCCAUACAAGCAGCCACCCUGGCUGUUGUCAUGAGUGAAUUCGAGCUGUGCGCAUACGCAAACGCAAACUUGGGAAAGGACAAUGAAGGUACCCCGCUUCUCAACAAGAGGUCGUGUGAGCUAGCCACCAAGACUAUUCGUGUAGGCAAUGCGAACAAUCAAAUAGGCCCGCUUUGUGUUCACCACCCCGUUUUUUCACAGCCUCUUCGAAUCCCUCUAGCCAUCUCUCAAAGCUCAAAAGUAACUGCAACAAUGAUUAGUAUCACUCCCCAGAGCAUGAAGGAGGUAGAUAAGCUCACCGUAGUCGGGGGCUUCAUUGUGCUCGUCAUUACAUACUGGCUUAUCAAGACUAUCUAUAACCUCUUCUUCCACCCUUUGGCCAGCUUCCCUGGUUCACGCUGGGCAGCUGGAUCAUACAUUCCUCAAUUAUACUACGACAUCAUACAUGGUGGGCAGUAUUACAAGAAGGUUAUACAGAUGCACGAGGAACAUGGCGCACUUAUACGAGUCAAUCCUGAUGAGCUCUCCCUCAACGACCCCUUCUUUUAUGACAAGGUAUAUUCAGGUGGUGGACAGAAGCGCAACAAAUGCCCUGAUCUCACAACCAUCGUACGCACAUCGAUGAUCUCCACUAACGACCAUGAACUACAUCGGCAACGCCGCGGCUAUAUUGCCAAUUUGUUUUCGAAGAGAUCCAUCUCAGACCUGGAAUCAAUCAUUCAGUCUAAAGUUGAUAAGUUGGUGACCCUUCUAAAGGAAGCCAACCAUACUGAAGAAACCCUUAUUGGGCCUCUCGUGUUUGGCAGUCUAGCCGUCGACGUUAUCUCACACUAUGCAUAUGGCGAGAGUUUUGGUAACCUCGACAAACCUGGAUUCCCGUGCGAGCUCGAACGAGAUGUUAAAGCCAUAUUGAUGAUUCAACACAUGCGACGAUUUCUUCCUGGCAUUGACCGACUCAUUACACAUCUUCCGGCCUGGUUAGUUGCCCGCAUCAGCCCUUCCAUAGUUAGCUUUCUGGAUUUUGAAACAAGAAUCGCAGGAUACUCAAAAGCGGCACUUAAGAAAAGCAUGGAAGGAGAAGAACCAACCAAGCCCCGGACGGUGUUUGACGCACUAGUCAGCUCCAAGAUACCCGCACAAGAGAGGACACUUCAACGACUGACAGAUGAGAGCUCAACCAUCCUGAUUGCUGGGGUGGAUACCACUGCCAGAACCUUGACAGCUACCAUGUGCUACUUAAUUCUGUAUCCCGAGAUCCUAGCCAAACUGCGUGCAGAGCUACAACUAUAUAAGAACGCGACCUGGACCCAGCUUGAAUCUCUACCGUAUCUGGCAACGGUCAUCAAUGAGUCACUUCGAUACGAAUCUCCCUUCACAAGUCGCUUUCCACGCUUACUUGUCGAGCCGCUUACUUACAAGGGCAUGCUCAUACCUUCCGGCACUACCAUCGGUGCAAUGCCAUAUUUACUCAAUAGCCAUCCCGACGUUUUCCCUGAUCCCCAUGUGUAUAGACCUGAGCGAUGGAUUGAAGCAAAAGCCCGUGGAGAAUAUCUCGACAAGUAUUUAGUCACCUUCACGAAGGGCAGUAGAGCCUGUCUUGGCAUAAAUCUUGCAUACGCCGAACUUUACCUUACCGUCGCAGCUAUGGUCCAAAACUUUGACCUGGAGCUUGUGGACUCUUCCAUCGAGAACAUCACUCCAUACCGAGACUUUGGUCUAGGUUUCGACAAGAAAUAUAACUACGGUGUCAACUUCAGAGUUACCAAGGUACUCCAAGAGUGA